AUGCGGACACUUCCAACAUCAACUGUGGCUCAUCCGAACUCAGGAUCCAUAUCUGCGAGAUCCGGGACCACAAAUGUGAGAGCAUCGAUCACUCCUGGAAUCGUUCGACGUGCUAUGGUCAACACCAUGUUCGGGAACAUGACCGCGGUUUUCACCAACACGACUCGUAUCUUGAACUCGACCUCGACAUCGACCUCGACUGCUACUGCUACUGCUACUGCUCGUAAUAUUACGAGGAUCUCGACGGAGUCGACGACUACUGGAACCAGGGCCAUCCCUCGCUUCAAGAAUCGGGCUCGAUUCUACUAG